AUGCCGACUGUAAAUGGUGACGUACCCCAUAUGACGGAUGGUGCUUCUCCAAACGGCCCCCCGAAGCGGAAGCAUGAGCCAGCAGUCGAGCAAACGGUUAAGCCCGAUACUCCCACCCGCGACUCUAAAUCACUGAACAGUGAAACGGUAGAAGAUCUACUUACCUCGUCGCUCAAAGAUGUCCUUGAAGUUGUCAGAAAAUAUGACGAUGUACUCAAAAUGUUGGAUUAUCCCUUACCUCCAAACACUGACUCCGAACCCGACAAUAAACGAACUAAAUUAUCAGAGCAAGAGACAAAAACUUCGAUAUCAUCAAAGGUUGCUUCGGGAGAAUACAGGCGUCUUCAAGACUUCAACAACGACAUUGAGUUGGUAACGACCUUGGUCAGCAGCAAUGACACGCAGUCUCAGAGCCGACCGCAGCACCUCAAGAGCCUCAGUCCGGAUGAGAUAUCUGCAAAAGCCAACUUGUUCAAUAGACAACUCAAUGAUCUUUUACAAAGGAGCAAUCAGCUUCGCCCCUUACUUGAUAAUUCCGAAACAGAGCAAGCUGAAGAAGGCUCGUCGUUUUUAGACUCAAUGUCUGUACCUACUCGUGACGAUCUGCCAAUUCUUACUGUUACUGUUGGCAAUCCCUCGAGGACUUAUUUUUCAAGCUUCCCACUGAUCGAGUCGCCAAGCGGCCCUCUUCCAGCGACAAGACGCACUCCAGGAAACGAACAGCCCCCAGUCGACGAAUCUCUUCUUCCCGAAAAUAUAAAAGUCUCCAAAGUCGUGCCAUUCAACUCAACGAAUUUCCAGGGCCCGAGAGGCCGGAUAAGGACAUUUGGCGAAGUUUUUGGCCCUCCUGCCAACCUUCCCCAGCUGAAAAGACCAUGCAGAAGUCAGCCUCCAAAAAAAUCCGAUAAUGUGAUAGGCUGGCUCAAACCCGUGGACGUUUUAGCUGCUGCCAGUACGACACCAUCCGGACACAAGCUAUAUAAUAACAAUGCAUUGUCAGUUGGAGACUGGCUUAACUAUGGCAAGGCAUUCCGAAUCAACGUUGCCGCAAGCGCCAAUUCUCAUGAAAUAUCCCAGAUGGAGGAGGAAGACGUGGGAAACCUCAUGUCAGCUUGCUCUUCCUUUGCGCCUAGCUACGACAGUGGCGGUGCCGUUGUAGAUAAGGACUCUCACAAUAUGGUGUUUUGGGAUCGAUAUUGGAGCGGGGACUUUCAUCAGCUAUAUUCAAAAUGGCAUCAAGACCAGCUAGAGCCGGUAAGAAUGCUUUUCGAAAAUACUAUAUUAGAGCCUGAACCUCUUGACGAUGCUGGUCUACAAGAAGCUGUAGAAUCUUUCAAACCAAGUGGAACUAUUGAAGAAUUUGAGAAGAGCUUAAAGGCCUCGGCUACAGAAACUGGCGAAGCAGAAGUCGAACAAAUGCUGGAAGAAAUAUCGGGGCUGCUACAGACCUUACAGUCUUAUCGACGGCUACGUGUCCUCCAACCCGUGCCUGGACAACUCUCAAACGUCAGCUCAAGUGCUUCCAAUCAGUCAUCGGAUACUCCGUCAGACCAGGAGAGGGCUUUAUACGAUGUAUUAAAACAGAGUCUGAGCUCUAUGAUAGCAAUGCUUCCACCUUAUGCGGUUGCUAAACUCAAUGGCGAUCAGCUAGCUGAGUUAAACAUAAGCACGACAAUUAAACGAGACGGGCUCGAUUUUGCUGGUACGAUGGAUGAAGAUGAGUGGACUGUGCGACAGAAACAGGCCUCGAGACCCGCCCUGCCCGUCAACCGCUCACCGGUCCCAACUCAUCCGCCCAGAGGCCCCAUUUUCCCAUCACCACAGCAUCCGAACAUCGCCCCACAUCAACGAUAUCAACCUCCUCCUCCCCGUACUAGGAAUGCCACGACAAACUUCCACAAUGCACAAGCUUAUGGUGCUAGGCCGCCACUUCCAGGAGGACAAUACCAACCUGGGCACCCACCGCAUGCCUAUUCCCCGUCACCGCAGCCUUCUCAACGGUUUGUACAGCCUCAAUAUCAACAACCCACGCCUGCGGCCCAAUAUACCCGAACUGGAAUGCUCCAGCAAUUCCAACGACCUAGCCCAGGCAACCCCGUUUCGUACGGCGGUCAGCGCAACUUUUCUCCCUCCCAACCCUCCCAACAAUCGCCGUAUCCUCGGCCCGUUCCCCCCGCAAGCUAUCCUCCAAGGCCGAAUGCCUCAUCGCCGCCUCACCGGCCCACCACUUUUAGCCAACCGCCACAACGGCAGCCGUACUUGAACUCCGCGUCCGUCGGCACCCAGCCGCGAUAUUUCCAGCAACAAGCUCAGCCCCCAGCGCAUUACGCUAAUUAUCCCUCAAAUCAAUCCACGCCUACUCCAGCGGGGUACCCGCCGGGCGCAGCUGGAAUGCCUUUCCCUCGCGGCUCUGCUGACCAAGCUAAUAUGCCUCUGGACCGCACCAGGACGCCAACGAUGGAAGCCCAGCGCCGUGUUCUCGGCCUUAGUCAGCAGCACCAACAGACUGUACAUCAAGACAAUACACAGGGAAAUCCUCCUGCUACACAGCCCCAACUUACACCAAGGCCUUAA